CAUGCGUGUGUGUGUGUGUGUGUGUGUGUGUGUGUGUGAGGUGAAUGCUAACCAACAGGUGCUGAACAGAGUGCAGGUCUCCCUGCCAGGCAGCCUGCAGCAGCUGUGCCUGAAGGGGAAGAUGAGGCCUUGACAUCCACCUCACCAGUUUCCCCUGGAGCUCAGUGACAUGACCCUCCUGACUGACCUUAUCUGUGAGUCUCGGAGAAGAAAAUCUGCUCUUCUGUCUCUAGGCUUCUUCUGUAGGCUGGUUAAUAAAGUACACAAAGUUGCCCGACAGAAGUUAACUAAAGCUCAUGUAGAGACCGCUUUGGGCUCUCUAAUGUGCCAGAUCAACCAAUGGAAAAGUACCAUAGCGAGUCCAGCGCCUCCUCCCUCAUCCAGAUCGCCCUCACCUCCCCUCUCUGCUCUCUAAUAUGUUUGGGUCUAUCCCGGGUCCCCGCCGCUCACCCUCCGUGUCCUCGGGAGAGGCAGUGAACCCUCACAGUUUCCACAGUCGGCUCCAGCGGUCCCAGGCUGGUGCGUCCCGUUGCGCACAGAGCGCACUUUCCAACACUUCUUCACGUUGCGCCUUCCGGAUUCCUCCAAAAGAGACAGCUACCUACUUUACGACUCAAUAUGUUUCAUGUGCGGGUGACAUACGGUCGGUGACAGGAGGACUCGGGGGGAGUUGAAGUGCAGCAGGAACAAGGACGAGUCUUGGCUCUCCCCCGAGCAGUUUACGCAAGGUGAUACAGGAGAGGCUUGUGUUGCGGCUGACUGACCGGACGGCCGCAUUACAUGGAUUUAUUAACCAGCAGUCGCUUAUGAUGCUACCCAUUACUCUCUGAGCUCUUGGUCCCUUCACUUCCCUCCCAAAAGUUCAGUGAGCGGAUCGUUUGGAGAGCGACAGGAUGGCUCCUCUGACCGGCUCAGCUGCGCACAAACAGACGCUCCUGUGGUUCAUCAUAGUAUCUCAGUGUGUGUCAGCGCUGGGAUGCAGCCCCGACUAUGAAUACGCUAUUGAGGAGUUCUGCCUGGCCAAAUUCAGACUGGACAUGCAAGAGCUGGAUCAGAGACGCUGGUGUAGCUGGGAGGACACGGUCGAACUCUAUGGAGAACUAACCAACUGCACAUUCCUGGUGGCCUCGAAGAUGGACUGCUUCUGGCCCAACCGGCUGGUGGACGAAUUCUUCAUCCGAGUCCACAGGCACUACUUCCACGACUGCUCGCUGUCUGGACGGCUUCUCAGGGACCCUCCAAACCGCAUCCUGGGUCCCUUCAUUGUUGUGCCCAUCCUGGUCACCCUCCUAAUGACAGCCCUGGUGGUGUGGAGGAGCAAACGCAGUGAGGGGAUUGUGUAGUGAAGGGAAGGAGGGGGGCUGAGACUCAAGACAAGAGGUACUUUUUGUCCCUAAGGUAACACCAUUCUCACCUUCUGUGACCAAAGGAUCUCUUCUUCUGAGUGUUGACAUUUGGGAAGAGUUUCAAAAGGACAAGAAUGACUAUAUUACUGACUGGGAUGGAGAGCUGAAUGAGACCUUAAACUAGAUCCUGCUUCAGUACAUCUGCACCAGUGUGAAGCCUUUGCAGCUCUCAUUUAUUAAUGCCGUCUACAUGGACUGAAAGGUCUUUGGUUUACAGAACACAGGGUUUCUGAAUUGCUCACCUGAAUCUGAUUUGGACCAGAAUAAUGACUGGUGAAAAGAUAUUGUAAAUAUAAAAACCACUUUAUUGAGAAAAACUGCUUGCAAAGAAAUUGGGAUGUGAUGAUAAUGCUAUUACACAUGCAAGAAUUUAACAACUAUUUUUGGAAACCAUGAAUAUACCAUCAGCUUUCACAGCAGACAGCUCGACAGGAAGGGAACCCACGGCUUACUUGGUGAGGACACAGCAGGACAGAUACUCAGACCUCACUUAGGGAACCCAGGGAUAUGAAUUUUCUGUGUGCAUACAUGCGGUAUACUGUAAAUAUACAUAGUGUGUACAACGUGAGAUUCAUCUGUCUGUGGAUUGUACGAUUUUGUGACACAAUCAAGACAACAAAUCACAAUACCCUAAAUUAUUCUCUCAGUUGAAAAUUCUGCAAUUUCAUGUGCUGAUUUUGACAGAUGUUUAUUGUAUUUGAAUCGUUCAGUGUAGUCUGAAUCAUGCAGGUCACUGUCAAAAGAACACAAUAUCGAGGGAGUAGAAGUAGUUUUCAUUUCCUUUUCUCUGCUCAUAUCAGACAUCCUGCAUGUCCACAUUCUUUCGACACACCUCUAGCUCAGUCUCUGUCUUGAACGGGAAAUGUAAACAUGUUUCCAUAAUAUAAUAUAUGCUGUACCAGUUGAAAAAAUGCAGGAAAGGAUGUCCCAGACUGAGGAUUGACAGUUGUUCUCUACAGAUGAGAGAAAAUAACAAGAGAGAAGAGAUCAUAACUUUGCAGGGGUUGAGACCCCAAUUUGGAGAUUCUUUGUGUGAUUUUGUGUUCUGCAGUUCCAAACCUGCUUUACCAAGGAAACAAAAAUGUUGAAAAAAAUGAAAACGAGAAGAGUAGAAAAUUCACAGUGGAAAGACCACAGUUCCAACUACAGAGAGAACAUAAAGCAAUGGGUUAAGUUAGCCAACGCACAUCCCUGCUGAACGUUGCCAUAGCCUAAAGCACAGUUUGUGUAUCAUGGAUCUUAGGUUUCUAUUGAUUUGUGAUCUCCCAGUGCGGUAGAGUGUGCUGUGUGAACUGCUUCUUCAUUGAUAUUUUUGAAUGCUCUCUUUCCUUUAUAGAUUCAUUGACCUGUAACCCGCCUGUCAGCAAAACACACUUUAAAACACACCCACACUUCCCCAACAUGAUCUCACUUUGUACUUUGUGCCAAAAGCUCUUGGAAAAUAGAGGGCAAUGUUUGCUAUGAAUUGUCUAAUUUUCUGUUGGAGUGUCUUCUAAUGAUUGGUUUUUAAAAUCAAUGAAUGAAUCAUAAAGAUAAAUAAAAUGUCUGGUUGAUA